CUGCGCAGCUGCUAGGCUCCCGUUUCCGGGCCCUGCGGACACUAUGAGGCGAAGGGCCAGUGUCGCCGAGUAGCGGCAGCGUGUGAGCGUGGGGACCGACCGCUGUGGCUCAGGGGCCGGCAUUACGGGGUCUUUGGGAGCGGGCCGCAGGGCGCAGAGAGAGCCUCGGAUCGCCGCCUGCCGCCGCUACCUGGCAUGUCGGCCGAGGCCUCGGGCCCGGCGGCGGCCGCGGACCCGUCCCUGGAAGUCCCGAAGCCCUCGGGUAUCGAGUCUGGCUCUGCCGCCUACGGUCUCAGUCCGCUGUCCCCGAACAGCAAGUACGUGAAGCUGAACGUGGGCGGCUCGCUGCACUACACCACUUUGCGCACCCUCACCGGACAGGACACCAUGCUUAAAGCCAUGUUUAGCGGCCGCGUGGAGGUGCUCACAGACGCCGGAGGUUGGGUGCUGAUUGACCGGAGCGGCCGCCACUUUGGUACAAUCCUCAACUACCUGCGGGACGGGUCCGUGCCACUACCUGAGAGUACCAGAGAACUAGGGGAGCUACUAGGCGAAGCACGCUACUACCUGGUACAGGGCCUGAUUGAGGACUGCCAGCUGGCCCUGCAGCAAAAAAGGGAGAACCUGUCCCCGCUGUGCCUCAUCCCCACGGUGACAUCUCCCCGGGAGGAGCAGCAGCUCCUGGCCAGCACCUCCAAGCCCGUGGUGAAGCUCCUGCACAACCGCAGUAACAACAAGUACUCCUACACCAGCACUUCAGAUGACAACCUACUCAAGAACAUCGAGCUGUUUGACAAACUAGCCCUGCGCUUCCACGGGCGGCUGCUCUUUCUCAAGGAUGUGCUGGGGGAUGAAAUCUGCUGCUGGUCUUUCUACGGGCAGGGCCGCAAAAUCGCCGAGGUGUGCUGCACCUCCAUUGUCUAUGCCACGGAGAAGAAGCAGACCAAGGUGGAAUUCCCAGAGGCCCGGAUCUUUGAGGAGACCCUGAACAUCCUGAUCUACGAGACUCCCCGGGACCCAGACCCAGCCCUCCUGGAGGCCGUAGGGGGUGCAGCUGGAGGUGGCGGGGCAGGCCGAGGGGAAGAUGAGGACAACCGAGAGCACCGUGUCCGCAGGAUCCAUGUCCGGCGCCACAUCACCCAUGACGAGCGUCCUCAUGGCCAACAAAUUGUCUUCAAGGACUGACCUCUAACCCCUCUCCCUGCCUUCCCUCUGCAGUCCCUCUUUCUCCUUCCCUCUUGUUCCCAGACCUUUGCCCCGGCUCUGCUGGCCAAGUCGUGGGUCUCCCUUUUGUCCCUUCAUUGCAUGGUGCAGUUUACUUAGGUCCUUUCCGUUCGUUCCCAUCUCACUGCUAACAACACGGUACAUUCCAGACCCUCCCCUCAGGCAGAGCCCUUCAGAAGGCCUACAUUUGCCCCCUCACCCCCCUUCUUGUCCUGCUAUCUUUCCCUCAGUAGCCAGUUUAGAAUGAUUUGUAAUUCCCAUUCUCUUUUUUUAGUACACUGUACAUGCCAGAGUGUCAACCCAGCCCUUAAUACCACCCACCACAUUCUCUGAGCCGCCUUCCCACCAUUGUGCAGGGUAGUGUGCCUCCCCGCUCCUUCCCCUACCAGUUCUCCCCACCUCUUUAGCUUUGUACUAGGCUGGCCUGGGCCUCUACCAGCUCAGCUAUCUUCUCAAUCUGUUUCAUAUUAUUUAUUAUUUUAAUUUUCUAUUAAAUUAUUGGAAUAAAGUUGAGGUGAG